AUGACGGAGUCCGCGGCUGACGCUGUGUUUAAGAAGUCAGACCAACUUCCGGAAUCUUUCGAGCGAGUGAAAGGCUAUGACUUUAAUAGCGGCGUUGACUACGAAGCCUUGUUGGAAAGCUAUCGUUAUUCCGGGUUUCAAGCGACGAAUUUUGGUCUUGCCGUAGAGGAAAUCCGCAAAAUGGUGAAUAUGGUCGAUGAAGUUUCUGAGCAUUUUUCGAAGUUGGCGGAGCGCAGAGUGAUGACUGAGGAUGAAUGUAAAAAAGCUGCCUUCCUGGAAGACGAUGAAUUCAUCCGGCGGAAGAGUGGUUGUACUAUAUUCCUUGGUUACACGUCUAACAUGUCUUCUUGUGGUGUUCGUGAUGUUAUUCGAUUCCUGGUUCAGCACAAAUUGGUUGACUGCUUAGUGACUUCUGCUGGCGGUGUUGAGGAAGAUCUCAUCAAAUGUAUUGCCCCGACUUUCCUUGGUGACUUUUCUAUGGCCGGGAAACAACUGAGAGAGAAAGGAAUCAACAGAAUCGGUAAUCUCCUGGUGCCUAACGAUAAUUAUUGCAAAUUCGAGUCGUGGAUCACACCUAUCUUGGAUUCCAUGAGAAAGGAACAGCUCGAAGAGGCUCGUACUUCAAUUACGUUUGGUCGCUCGUGGACCCCGUCAACAUUUGUCGAACGCUUGGGCUUAGAAAUGAAUCACGACGAAUCGAUCUGCACAUGGGCAGCCCGAAAUAAGAUACCAAUUUUCAGUCCUGCUUUAACAGACGGUAGCAUUGGGGACAUGCUUUACUUUCAUUCUCAGAAAAAACCAGGCAUGACUAUGGAUAUCAUCCGUGAUAUUUGCAGAAUCAAUAACAUGGCUAUUCGUGCGAAGAAAACUGGCAUGCUCAUUGUCGGAGGUGGGCUAGUGAAGCACCAUAUCUGCAACGCAAAUUUAAUGAGGAACGGAGCUGACUUCAGCGUAUUCCUGAACACAUCUUCGGAAUAUGAUGGCAGUGAUAGUGGUGCUCGUCCUGACGAAGCUGUUUCUUGGGGAAAGAUCCGAAUGUCCGCGACUCCCGUGAAGUCUCUCGCCACUAUUGAAGCUCCUAAGAUGGUGAAAUCAACAGCCGAAUGGCCUUUUGUAGAUCGUCUUCUUCCAUUGUCGAUUGUCCCGAAACCUGAUUCAAGAACUGCAUCUUGUGUUCAAGCUUCAGGGUGGAAAUUGCCGAAUGACAAUGCUCGUGGUCACGGAAGCGGCGUGAACCUGAGUCCAACGAGCGGGGACGGUGCUGGCAGCGGAGGACGUCUAGCGCGUCGGGCCCGUUCCUUCAAAGAUGACCUGCUCGAGAGAUUGACCCAUGUCAAAACCGCAUCGUCACCUACCGGUGAUCACAAUUUUCCCGUCAUGUCUGCCAGUGGGUCGAUGAAGAAGCCCGCUACUGCAAGCCCUGCUCUCGUCGCCGCCGCCGCUGCUGGAGCUGGCUUCCGGCCGCCGCAACACCAAACGCCGCCGGGCCGUCCAAGGAAUUCCAGAUCCCGUCACGGAUCUACGAGUCGUCGCGAUGGACGUUCGACGCCGACGAAAGAUACCUUGCGCAAAACAUCACAGAAGAUACUCAAGCACUUUCAAGACAGCGUGACGAGUGGCAUCGGAUCUCUUUCAAGGAAUGCGUCAACGUCGGCCAGUAAAGAGGACGUCAAGGCAUGGACCAUGUCACCGCCGCGUUCUCCGAAUCCAGCGGAAAUCGGCAACCUUCAGCGAAAGCUGAGUGGAGCCCUGCGAUAUCUCAAAGACGCUGAGGAGAAAGGCGCUUGGGAGCAAGUUCCUGGAGCUGCGUCUGUGGUUUUGGAUACCGUGUAUCAUAUCCUCGCCCUCGUGGGAGACAAGUUACCCAAUCAUCAAAGUGCUGCGAUUGCCGUAGCCAGGAACCGGGUGAAUGUUACUGUCGGAGAGUUGAUAAAAUGGUCGGACGACAUCUUGCUGGCGCACACGGAAUGCGCAGCGGCGGCUUCGUCGAUCGUGGCCGAGGUGGACGUGGAUUUGUGCGCCGCCGCAGGAGCGCGUAUGCCGUCACUGGAUUCUCCCGCCGGAGAAGGUUGGGCGUCUUCUGGCCAGUCGUCGCGAACGCCGUCGUUUUCCGCAUGUGUUCAACCCUCGCUGGACUCUGGAUGCUUGGUUGACGCCUUGCAAGACGCUGUUAAGUGUCUUGUGGAUACAGUCGAAGAGAAACUCGCCGCCAGAGACAGUAGUGUUUCAGUAGAUUCGAGUUCGGAUUUUGAUCUUGACGAGACGCGGAGUGACUCGAGCACGAGGCGGUCGAAGCUCGGCGCCGUCAAGUGCUCCGCGUCUGUGGACUGGGGCGAAAGCGCCAACAAGCUCUCAGUGCCAACCGAGAUCGUGCAGCGGAAAUCCUUGCCCGAAAUUGUGAUGAAAACGGACGUGGUCGUCGGCAGCGGUGGUCACCACCAUCACCAUCAUCACCACCACCAUCAUAACCUGCACCACCGACUACACCAUCAGCGUCCACCGACGCCGCCCAAGCGCCCACCGGCGCCACCCAUGCCGGAAAAGUCCAAGUUGGUGCAUUCCCACUCGUCGGAUUCCAUUUUGGAUGCCGGUGGGCGCCCCGUCAGCGGGUCGCUGCCGUAUAUGACGCCUCCACCGCCCCCACCGAAGCCGCCACCGCUCUCUAAAGAUGUUCUGGACAGCAGUUUAGAUUCAUGUGUAGCUCCGCCGUUGCCACCAAAACGGCGUCAAAUCCUAAACACAAUCGGUGGCAGUCCCGCGAAUCCGUUUUCGUCUUCAAGUCUGGCAUACAGUGCGGGUAACGGACAACCUCCGCCGUUGCCGCCACCGAGACGUACGGACAUUGGCGGCGACCCACAAGCCAUGUUAUGGCGGCACGAGCGACACAGUUCAUCGGGCGAAUGGAAAGCGGCGUCUCCGUCGCAAGCCGGGCCGUCGUCGGGUGGAUUCUUCUCUGGCAGCGGCCAUCAACAUCAUUCCCAUACCCCGCCGCCUUAUUUGACGUCGUUCGACUCGACGGGGUCAUCGUCGCUGGUUAAGGCUCGGUCCUGCUCUUGGCGACGGGUUUCUAGUGGCGGGAAUGUCUCGCAAUCGUCUAGUCAGUCGCCGUUGGACGACUCAAUGUCGGCCUGUUCUGGAGACUCGGCAUUCUCUACUCCUAUGUUCUCAAACAGGUCGUUCGGGGACGACGAACGUCACAUGAGAUCUCCGACAGCAGCACUAUCCGCCAGCUGUGACCCGUUUGAGAAUUUGCACGCGAUUGCUCAAGAGCUGCACCAAUUGUCGGAAAUGUCUGUCAACCCGGCAUCAACAUCAACCCCGAAAGAGCGUCGGAAUUUGUUGGGUCCUCCAUCCGCGCAGGGCUCCAACAUGGCAUUUGUUGCCAUGUCAGCCUCAUCGUCGUCAUCUUCAUUCUCUUCCGAGACGCGUCAAAUGUUUGCCGGCGGGACUGUGACGACAACAGCGUCGAGGUAUCAAGCGUCAACGACGGCGUCUUCGUCCAUGUCGUUGCACCCGGGCGCCACGUCAGCGCCGCCUGCUAGUCCACCGCCCGCGUUGCCUGCCAAGUCUCGUGCUCCGCAAGCUGGACCAUCACAUUACGAUAACCUCAAUUUACCCCGGUCGAAGGUUUGUUCCCCCAAUACGGAGUCGUCUGGGGGAUCUUUUGAUGAUGAUUGGCGACCCCCGUUGCCGCCAAAGAAAAAGCACGGUACGUUUAUUUAUUUAUUUUGCUUAGCUAUGGUAAGAAUAGUGUUUGGGGUUGAUCGCCAUCGGUUGUCAGCGUCUCUUCGGCUGUAUGUAAACUGUCUUUUCUUAAUACUGUAGUUACAGUGUUCGUUCAUGUUUUUUAAAAACUUGAAAUCGUUCAUUCUCAUAUGUCGAAAGUAAAAAAAUUGCGAAUUUUUAGCUCUGAAGAAAUUUAAGAUGUUGCAAGAAACUGAUUUAUUCACUUUCGCGGGUCAAAAGUUGUAAACCUUUCCACUUCACGAAUAAUUUUCUAGGAUAGAGAAAAUAACGCAUUCCUGCACGUCUCUAAUGUAAUGUUGUGACUCCAUAAAAUUGGUAAGGCAUUCAUGGUCUUUUAGGAAUGAAAAUUAAUACUU